AUGGGGUUCCUUCAAAGAUUCCUUCCACCUGACGAUCGCCAUGCGGCACUCAUGCUGUAUGGAAUGGUCUUUGCGACCUGUUUCAACGGUUACGAUGCUGGUAUCAUGAGUGUGAUUUUGGCAGAUAAGCAAUUUCAGGACUAUUAUUCGGUAGAUGCGAACAGGUCUGGAAUUAUUGCCACUAUUCCAUGGGCUACUACUGGUUUUGCGCAGUUGUUCGUGGCGGGGACUUUGGCGAAUAUGGUUGGGAGGUUGUGGGCGUUGAGAAUCUCGAUUGCUGUAAUGAUUGUCGGAGUUGUGGUUCAAGUAGUACCAAACACCUUCGGAGUGCUCAUUCUUGGGCGUCUUAUAACCGGUCUCGGUUUUGGUUGCGUAUAUGUUGCUACCAACCUUUAUGUCGCUGAAUGUGCACCUACAAAACUUCGUGGCAGCUUUGUAGGCACUGUAUCGCAAUUUGGCUACCAGCUCGGUACCCUCAUUGCCUUCUGGGCAGGAUACGGAAUGUCGUUUCAUAAAUCUCCUAACAAUAUAGCAUGGAGGGUCUCGAACGCCAUCCAGAUUCCUAUUGGGGUCUUUUUCAUUGUUCUAUCAUUCUGGUACCCAGAGUCGCCUCGAUGGCUGCUCGAAAGAUAUCCUGACGACCCAACCACCGCCCUCAACAUCCUCGCCAAAAUCCGCUCUGGCACCCCCGACAGCCCGCACGUACAGCUCGAAUUCCGCGAACUCGUCAUGUCUCGCGAGUACCGGCAGCGCCACUCCACUCCUGGAUAUUGGGGUCUCCUUAAAGACCCUGCCAUGCGUAAAAGACUUCUUUACGGUUUCUAUACCGCAGCACUACAGCAAAUGGGUGGUAUUGCGGCAGUGACAAUGUAUGCAGUCCUAAUCUACCAGUCACUGGGCUGGGAUUCUGGAUCUCAGGCACUGGCAAUAAACGGGAUCCAGAGCGUUCUUCAGCUGUUCAUUGUGCUGGUUAAUACGUUUACUGUGGAUCGUUUUGGGAGGAAGACCUUACUGCUGGCAGGGUUCUCGAUACAGGCAGGAGCGCUGCUGAUCCUAUCGUCGUUGACCACUUCAUUUCCUGAUAACCAAAAUAAAGCUGCGGCGGUGGCGGAGGUUGCAAUGUUGUUUAUUGUAGGAUUAACAUACUGCUGGUCCAAUGGCCCAAUUGCACCAAUCGUGGCAUCUGAGAUCUUCCCACAGCAUGUGCGAGAUAAAGCAUUUGGGCUAUCCAUGUUGGGGCAAACAUCGUUUUUGUUGGCUAUUACGCAGCCGUGGCCUGGCUUUAAUGAGGAUGUGGGGGCGAAGAGUUAUUGGUUGCUGUUUUCACUGAACGUGGUCGCUUUGAUUUCGGUGUAUGUGAUCCUGCCAGAGACGAAAAACAUCUCUCUAGAGAGGAUGGACAAGUUAUUUGGACAGGUUGAUGUUGUAGAGGCAGGAGAAGAGGAGGCAUUGGAUAGGAAGGUCGCCGCCCUGGGAGAGGAUAAAGAUGGCACUACAUUGGAGCUAAGGGAACAUACGGCUCAAGGACAGCAGCAGGCGUAG